UCAUGCUUUUUGGAACGUAUACAGAGAAGUUACUGGAAGAUUCGGAACAAGUACGACAGAACAGUAGUUACCGCAUAUUACGUGUGCGUUGAUAAUAUAAUUUUUAAUUUCUAUCGGCGUAUUCAACUUUUUUCAAUAUGUCAGACUGGGACACUACUCCUAUUACUCUGCGAAAACGUCCCCCAAAAGCUUCAGUACUUAAAUCGGAACAAGCAGUGAAUGCUGCACGUCGUCAAGGUUUCGUGGUCGAAACUCAAGCAAAAUGGGGUGGAGGAACAAAUAAACAACACGUAGCAACUAAAAACACUGCUAAAUUGGAUAGAGAAACAGAAGAAUUAAAACAUGAUAAAAUUCCACUUGAUCUUGGUAAAUUAAUUCAACAGGGAAGACAAAGUAAAGGAUUAUCUCAAAAAGAUCUUGCAACAAAAGUGAAUGAAAAAGCACAAGUUAUCAAUGACUAUGAAGCAGGUCGUGGAAUACCAAAUCAAAUGGUGAUUGGCAAAAUUGAACGAGUGUUGGGAAUAAAAUUACGUGGCAAAGAUCGUGGUAAACCAUUAUCAACUCCUGGGAAUAAAAAGUGAAUUUUGUGAAGAAGAAUCUGUACUUCAUACCUUCAUAUAUUGUUCCCUACACAGAACUGCAAAAAAAAUUGUAGGAUUGAGAACAAUUCUCACACUCUAACUUUCGUUAUUUUAUUAUAUUCUUUAAAAUAAAAUGUUAUUUUAUUAAAUAUAUUAUUGUUUAUUAUAAAGUAAAUUGUUAUAGUAUGUCUUCAUGUAUAAAAUACAAGAAGCACACUCUUAUUUAAUUUUAAAUGUUAUGUGUUCAGUUCUCACAUUGCAGACAUUAAUUUAUAGAUUAAUUUAUAUACAAUUUUGUUACAUUUUUGAAAUACAUCUGAUUACUAUUAUUGUGAUAUACAUUUAUGAAUAUAUUUUACAAUUUGAUUAAUGUAGGUUAAAUAAAAUAGUAUUAAUGCAAAUAGAAA